UGGAAAAAAAAUUCACGCGUAAAAUCAAAAUCAAAAUCCUUUACAACAAAUUCUCCUCGCCGCCUUCUAGAAUCUCCGAUUGAUCUUCUCCGCCGUAGUUAGCUUCAAAUUGUCGAUUCCCACCGCUAUGUACAUGUUAGUCAACUGCUCCGGCUGUCGCACUCCGUUGCAGUUGCCGCCGGGGGCCCCAUCGAUACGAUGCGCUAUUUGUCAGGCCGUCACUAAUAUAGGCGAUCCUCGCCACGCGCCGACGCCGCCGCCUGCCGGACCCCCUGCUCCGCCGUCCCCGUACUCCCACGCCCCGCCUGGGCCGCCGCCAAACCCUCACGGCCGUAAGAAGGCUGUGAUCGUCGGCAUAUCGUACAAGUACUCCCGCCACGAGCUGAAAGGGUGCAUUAAUGACGCUAAGUGUAUGAAGCAUCUUCUGACCAAUAAGUUUCGCUUUCCGGAAUCUUCUAUUCUCAUGCUAACUGAAGAAGAAACUGACCCCUAUAGACUUCCAACCAAGCAUAACAUGCGGAUGGCAUUGUUUUGGCUCGUACAAGGUUGUCAGCCAGGAGAUUCUUUGGUGUUCCAUUAUUCUGGUCAUGGUUCGCGGCAGAGGAACUAUAAUGGAGAUGAAGUUGAUGGAUAUGAUGAAACCUUGUGUCCACUUGAUUUCGAAACACAGGGUAUGAUUGUCGAUGACGAAAUCAAUGCAUCUAUUGUCAGACCUCUACCUCGUGGAGUUAAGCUUCACUGCAUCAUAGAUGCUUGUCAUAGCGGAACAGUUCUGGAUUUACCGUUUCUUUGCAGGAUGAACAGGAGUGGGCAGUAUGUAUGGGAGGAUCACCGCCCUCGAUCAGGCGUAUGGAAAGGAUCCAACGGUGGUGAAGCAAUUUCCUUCAGCGGCUGUGAUGAUGAUCAAACCUCAGCCGACACCUCCGCUUUGUCAAAAAUCACUUCUACGGGUGCAAUGACUUUCUGCUUUAUACAAGCCAUCGAGCGCGGGCAUGGGGCUACGUACGGGAGUAUUCUAGCUGCAAUGCGCACCGCAAUUAGAGAUGCUGGAAGUUCUACAGGUCCUGAUCUUGGUGGUGGUAUGGUGACAUCACUUCUGACCAUGCUUAUUACAGGAGGUAGUGGAGGUGGUGUUGGUGGAUUGAGACAGGAGCCACAACUAACUGCUAUCGAACCUUUCGACGUGUACGCGAAGCCAUUUUCCUUAUGAUUAUAUACAGAGACGGAACCUGUAUUUUUGCAUUCGCAUCACAUCUAGGGGCGCGACAAUUUUUCGAUGCUCGAAAAAUAACCUAUAUUAUAUAUGAUUGGUUUGGGUGGUGUUUUUUCAGAAAUGUGGAAUAUGCUGUAAUAUUUACUUAGGAUUGUGUAUUUGUUUGUAGGAACAAUAUAUUAUGUAUUCUUGAUUGGGACAAACAGUAUGUGACAAUACAUUGUUCAACUUUAUUUUGAAAUAUUUUAUUAAUUUAAC